AUGUCCACUCGCCGCUAUCGAUCGACUGUGGCAUGCCACUCAUGUCGCUCACGCAAGGUCCGUUGCAGUAUUAAUGUUACUGGCAUUCCCUGCAUUCGUUGCUCGCAGGAUUGCGCUGAAUGUGUGGUAGAUAGUGGAAAUGAGACUUCUCGAGCAAGUCGUCGCCACGGCUUGGUGAGACAGCGAUUGCGAGCGGCCACAAGCAGUCCACCUAAUCGAACAGAGACGAAUACCAGAAACGGAACCUCAGCGUCUCCAAAACACACUACAGAUUCACCGGCGCAGGCGAUUAGCUCAAAAUUUACCAGCCAGCAUGAUAUACAAGAUGAAGAGCGUAAUGGUCUCGAAAUUGCCGCUGCUGCUUUAGGAGACCCUAAACGAGCUGGCCAUGUUCCUUUCUAUACCGGGGACAAGACCGGAAUCACAUCGACGCUGUCUCUUCUCUCCUCUGGAGAGUCUCUGCCACAGCAUCUUUUUAUACCAUCUCGACACUCUACGUCUCUUUCCGAAGAGGACCGGAACUACCUAGCAAGUAAGGGCGUUUUAGAUCUACCCAGCAGCGUCGCUUGUCAAUGCCUUCUUCAAGCAUAUUUCCGUCAUGUUCACACUAUCAUGCCGAUCAUUGAGGCAGAUCAGAUACUGCACUUUUUCCAGGCCGGGAGACUGCAAGAGUAUAACUUGCUUCUGGUGUGGAGCGUGUUUUUCGUUGCUGUAAACUUUAUCCCGUCGAAUAUAUGCGAGCGAGAAGGAUAUGAGUCUAAGAAAGUAAUGAAAGCGGCCAUAUACUCCCGCGCCAAGUGCCUAUACAAUAAUAGUGGUGAGCGGGACAAGAUUGUUCUCCUCCAAGCCUCUCUUCUUUUGGGCUUCUGGCACUCCGAAGCCGAUGAGCAUUCGCAACCAUGGUAUUGGAGCGGUAUCUCUGUCAGUCUUUGCCAGAUGCUGGGACUGCAUCGCAAUCCCGACACACCGCGAUACAACACAGCCAUCAUGGACCGUCAGCGUCAUUUGUGGCGUCGCCUCUGGUGGACGUGCUUCCUGCGUGACCGGUGGUUGAGCCUUACUUUAGGGCGACCGCUACGUAUUGAUCUGGACGAUUGCGAUGUUCCGAUGCCAUCAGUCUCAGAUAUCAUAUACGACUUCAGGGAUGUCGACCCAACCGUCUUUGCUGCCUUCAUUCCAGACGAUCUUCCCCUGCUAGCCGAAUAUUGGCUCAGACUGAUAGACUUGAACCCUCCUCUGAACAAAUCAAUGCUCUUGAGACAGAGAUCCUCCGUUAUAAGCCUCCAGAGCAAGGCGCUCCGAGCUGGAGCAGAACCACUCGGUUUUAUCUGCAUCAUCUACAACUCCAUUACGAGUGCGCAAGCAACGUUCCUUGAACCAGAGAACCCAGGGCCUUCUAACAUUCUCAGAGCAAUCCUUAUCGUUCUCUAUCGGCCGUGUCUGACGGAACCUUCGGAUGACCUCUCCUCUACAAACCAGCAGUGGCAGGAAAGUAUCUGGCACAAAGCUGACUCCGCAGCCUCCCACACAAAUGACAUUCUCGAGGCCAUGGCCCAAGAAGGCCUACUCGAAUAUGCGCUGCCAAUGACACCACCACUCCUCAUCCCCGCAAUGCAAAUGCAUCUUCUAAACUGCCGCUCCGGAACCUCUCUUUCGCGACGUCUCCGGCUCAACAAGCUCAACGCAUGUAUGAUGGUCUUGGAAGAGUUCCAACAAGUUUAUACGGUGGCGUCCAUCUAUCGCGGCAUAUUCGCCAAGGCUAUCCAGCUUAUCUGCCCUGAAAGCACCGGUACUGGUGGUAAUGAGAACAGAACAGUGACAGGAUCUUCUUCCGUUCCGUUACGUAUGGGAGUAUCUGCAUCUACAUCUGCACCCAUACCGAUUCCGCCUGAAUCAACCGAACUGGACCAUCAACACGUCGGUACUACUGCUACUGUCGGCCCAGAGCCAGGCCAAGGAGCAGCUUUGACUGACAUGGUGGAUGCCUUGUUGGACGAGACAUUGCCGUUCAAUUUCUGGGAGACGUGGGGGCAGAUGUGGGUUGAUGACUGUCUGGGUUUACCUGUCCGCGAAGACAUUGCCAAGCUCAAGUACAGCUAG